AGAGUAGACGAGUUGAGGAAACGGGCGCUUGCGUGCUAUCAGCGCAUGUUAGCCUUAAAAGGCGAACAUUUUUCUACAUUUAUCUCUUAUCAGCUUUUGGAAUCACAUUGCACAAAUGGAGGUUUUGGGAUCAACAGAGAAAUUACAUGGUACUGAUACUCAUAAUUUUCUCCUUUUGUAGUCCGAAGCAGACUACAUUUAUGUUACUCAGAUGGUGAGCAGGAUCCGUCUAUUUAGUGGAGAAAUAGCUGUUGUAGACUGACAGGUUGAUGCCGCUACAUAAAAUGCAUGUUUAUUUAUAUUCAUAUCAUACAAAUAAAUGUCACGUUUGAUGUUUGUUUGGUCUGUAAUGUUAAAGGCAGCCUCAGAAACAUUUACGUUUUGCGACUUCACUAUGAAUGAAAAGAUUUGUCCAGCAAUUAUACUGUACCGUGGCUAUGUUUCAAAAUAACAUACUAAAAUUGGAUGGAUUGUCUGAAUUUUUUCAUCAAGCCAAGUAAUACCUCUGCUGUAGAAUUUCUAUGUACUCCCUUAUCGUUUAAUAACUUGCGUUAUGGAUGCAUGGAGUUUUACUACUGUCAGCAAGAGUGUCUGUAGCUUUUAGUGUUGUGUCGUUUGCGAGCGAUUCGUUCAAAAGAACCGAAUCUUUUAAGUGAACGCACUGAAGUGAAUCACUUCCUAUCACGCAUUGAACUACACUCUCUGGAAUCAUUCUUGUUGGACAAAACUAUCUUUUUUUUCCACUGCUAAAUUGCCACCACAACAACUUGCAUGCAAUAGGACACAGCAUGCAACAAGUAGUGCAUUAACCUGCAGCAUCCUAUCAUUGCAGCGGUUUGCGAGGGAACAGUGCAUGUUCAGUGUGAAUUCUUUAAAACGUUCAGUGAAGGAAUCACUCACUGACCCUAAUUUACUGAGAAGACCUGAUAAAUAGCAUACCAUAGGACAGUACUCUUAAAACAUCAUGACUUAUAAACAAGUUAAUUUUUACAAACAUGUCUGCCAAAGCAACACAGCAAAACAUUCUCAUCUCCCGGUCCCAGAAGCUAUGAAUUGAACUGAAUCCUGAAUCGCUCAGCUGUGUAUCAGUUCAGGAGGUCGGAGUCGUAGGCUUCUCCCGCUAAAUGAUUCAGUGAUUUGGUGAACAAAUCUUUUGAACAAAUCUUUUUAAUGAACUGAUUCUAGUGAUUCAGUACAUCUAAAAGAACUACCGUGCCCAUCACUAGUUGCUGUAAUCUUCAGUUCAAAGCCCACUGAUGCCCUCCACAGACCAUCUCUAAUAUUACACUCACUGCUACCUUUCAGACCAAAGCCUGCCUCUGCCAUCGCUUCGCCUCCUGGUGCCCCCUCUGCAGCUCCUCUCUGCAGCUAUGUGGCAGCUGGUUAAGCAGAAAGAUGUGAUGAAUUAUGAGAAGCUCCAGGAGUUUGUAUUCAUGGUGACUGAGGCGGUCCCUGGACUGAUCAACCACAGACAGAGAGCCCAGUUAAUCCUGGGUUUAAGAGCGAGGGUGAGGAGAAGGUUUUCUCAAAGGUAUGGUAUUAACAGGACAGCUGAGAUAACUUUGCAGUGACAUGUUGUUGCUAUUUCAGUUGAUUCUGGAGCUUUGCAAAGGCUCAAUCCGGGGCGCAGUUGACACUCAAGCAAUCCAGAGCUACUUGGAAAAACUCCCAAUGACAUCUACUCAGGCAGAUGUAAGUACAGUGCACCAGUGACUUAUCAAAUUGAAAAAUAAUGAUCAACCAAUGACAUGAAUCCUAUCUGUGGCAGUACAGGGAUGCAGAGAUGAAGACAACAGAGUCCACUUUUAUCGCACUUGUUCAGAGCCUGCUGAAAGAUCCAGUCGAGAGAGCAUAUUUUUUCCAGGUCAGACAGAUUUUCAUUUAUUCUUUGUGUAGGAACAUCCUGACAAAAGCCUUUUUUCCAAGCUAAUACUGUAUGAUCUUUCACAGGAGGUGUUCCCUGUAGAAUAUGGGCCACAGUAUGAUGCUGCUCUACAUGUGUUAUUAUGGGAGCUGCUGUCAAAGCUCGAAAAGCUGCUGCCAGUUCCAGACUUGAAACAGGUAAUCAUCCAGCUCACUGAGAUAUCUCAGGUUGUUCUGCAUCUAAAAACGUGUCAUUCACUGUAGAUUCAAACACAUGUAGAAAUUCAAACACUCUUCAGCUCCUUGAGGGACAGGAUGCUCCACCCAAAGUGUGUGACGGAGAGGUAUCACAGGUCAUUCCUUCCUGCAGCUGUCAGACUCCACAACAGGAACCUCAAUGUGCAAUAAACCCUGUUAUUAUGCAAAUUCUGUAAAGAUGUAAAUAUGACGCAUGCACAUAUCUUGUUUUAACUCAAAGUUUCUUUAUCUUUUUUUUUUCUCUUUUUGUACUGUGCUGCUAUAAUUUUGGAAUUUCCUCCUGUGGGACAAUAAAGAAACAUCUUAUCUUAUCUUAUCUUAUGUGCUUUGUGAUUAUAGACUGCAGCCUGGCUUGGCUCGGCUCCUUCUGUUUUGGAGGAUUGCAUUCUAUCAUCAGCCGAGGAGCUGAGCUCAAUCUUCAAGCACUACAAGAGUUUAGGAUUGCUUAAAAUGCCGUGUGAGUAGAGCAGAAAUGAUGAGUCUGUUUCCAGGUCAUGGUCCAUAUGAGUUUUUUAAGACUGUUUCAUUUAAAUGUGUCAAUAAUCUGGUAAAAUGAGCAAGAUUGCUCCUUUUUGUUUUCUUCCUCUGUGAUUUAUCAUUAGGAUAUGAUGCCUUAAAUAACUAAAUAAUCACUAAUAAGAGGGUAUUGAAAAGAAUAUCAGUAGUUUUUAAUUCCUGCACCACCUGUAAGUCUAAAAAAAUAUCCAAGAGGAACUAUCUAAAAAGUGAAGUUAUCCAGCUAUUAAAUCCUUUUUUAUUUUUACAGACGGACCUUCAUCCACCAUCGGCAGCUGCAUCAUAUCUGCUUUAUCCAUUCCUCCCUCACAGAAGACUAACAUCUCUGUUGGACUGGACUCAAUCCACAACUAUGCGAAUGUGGUAAACCCUGUGGCUUUUGUCGGAACCGAUCAGUACAGCGUUGUAGCUGUCUAUACUGAAGUGGAAGUUGGAGAGUCUGAACUCCAUGAAGAAAUGGUUGAGUCUACAGAAGUUCAAGUUCAGACAGAUUUCUAUGAAGAAGAGAUCGUAGCCAUGAGCACAGAGAACGCUGGUACUGAGGAGGCUGACAGCCUGAGGACGGAGGAAACGACUGAAACUGCGGGUGUCGCCAAAGCUCUGGAGACUCUGGCAAAAACAUUUGCGCUGAGGAAGGAGACUCUCAGUCAGGAUGGACAAACAGAAAAGAGUAACGUCUCAAACUUUAAUGAUGAACUUGAGUCAGUAAAUACACUAGAGGAAGAAAAAGGAAACACUGUUGAAGAGGUAAAGGAGGAUGUACAAUAUGGAGGUACAGAGAGCAACAUUAGCUCUUGUGAAGUCUUAAGGGACAACCUGGAAACCUCCCCUACGAACCAAGACAUGACAGAGGAAGAUCCAACCUCAGAAGUACAGCAGUCUCCUAGUUCAGCUAGUGUGCGCAGAUCAACUCGCUUACAUAUGAAGACCUCAACCAGCUGGCACAGUACACACAGAGACAAGAAAUCAUCCAAAGAUGCAAGCGAAGAACCAAAAAUGUAUGAAAAACAUUUACACUUAAACACUGUUUUCUCCCUUUUAGAUAAAGCCUUUAAAGGAGCUGAACUUAAAUUGCUGCUAGGUGGACUUUGUUAUCUCUGCAUGGUGACAGGCUCGCUGUUUACCUCUGCUCCCAGUUUGUAUGCUGACCUGAGCUUGAACUUAAUAACUAUUGAUUCAAGACCGAUAUAAAAAAUAACCAUUAACCAAGCAAAUCUAUCCAGACUGGGGAACUUGCAUAUUUUGGAAAAUGUUGAGAAAUCUGUGAAUUUCCUCAUGAUAAGACUUUAAAUAAAUGUCCACCACUAACUUCCUUGCAGAAGUUACAAAUAAAGAAGUAACUCGCAGGGAAUUUAUUUCCAAGAGCGGUUAAUCUCAGAUGCUCUUUCAUACUUUCUUUGUUAUCUUAAAAAUGAGCUGCAUUCUGUAAGCUGGUGCCACCAAUAUAUAGUAUAAAAUGCAGGUGGACCAGUCCUGUGGCACAACUUUUUAACAUUUUUACUCCCUUAUUAAGUCGUAAUCAUACACUCGAAGAAAAGUGCAGUAAACUGUUAAUUUAAAACUAAAAGAAAAACUGCACAGUUGCAUAUAAAGUUCAUAUUGCUGAACAUAAAGAUCAUAAAUCUUUAGAGGAAGACAUUUUAAACUUUUGAGCCCCCUCUAAACCAGACACGUCUCUCAUAUACCAGUUUGACAUAUUCCUUAUUCCAUAUUUUAAAGUGUUUGUUAAAAGGUUUUACAAAACAAUUAUUUCAAAAGAUGUUAAAAACUUAUGUCCAUUUUACUGACUCAAAAAAAAAACGUGUUCUUUUUGUCAGGAGCAGAGCUGAUGUGUCAGCCGCACCCUGUGUUGUAGCUGUAAAAGGAGCUGAAGGUAUUUUGAACACAUAAAGUAGAAGAAGCUAUUAGACUUUAUAUGAUGGAGUCCACUUUUUUCAUUCAUAUUUGUGUGUUUAAUUGCAGGUGAUGCGGAUAACAUGGUGUCCAUCAUCUUCACCUGCUCACAGUGUCCUUUUCACAGCUCAGGGGAAAACAACCCUCCUCACUUCCACAUGCAGAGUGUUCCCACUGAAGAGUACAGGACUCUCUCAGGAGCCAAAUUUACACCGUCUCCUUCCAGCUCUGAUGAAAUUUUUACAUCCAUUAAACUUUUCCCCAAAGGAAACUCGGAUCAUGGGACAGAAGAACAGACAGACAAACAAAGUAAAGUCAACCUGUCUCAGCCCCAAGGCAAGCAGAAGGCCCUGACUUGUGAAACAUGUGGGAAGACGUUUACCAGGACUUCUGAUGUCAGAAGGCAUCAGCUCACCCACACUGGAGAGAGACCCUUUCACUGCUCGCAGUGUGACCGUACCUUCCAGCACUCGUGGGAUCUGGCCAAACAUGAGAGCAAAAAUCACGGUGUGGAUAUUUCUUUCUCCUGCCAGCUGUGCAGGAGCUCCUUCGCUAACCUCCGUGCACUUACAGUCCACCACAAGAAGUCUCACUCACAGGAGAGCCAGCUACCUCAGAUCUGCUCCAUCUGUAGCCAGAGCUUCCCCUCACCCUCCGAGCUGCUCGAGCACAGAAAAUCCCACGUCUCAAAUAAACGCUACAUCUGUCACCAGUGUGGUGCGGGCUUUGACACCCUGCUCGCUCGCUCCCAGCACCGGCAGGUGCAUUUAGUAAAGCGUCAGUUUAAGUGUCCUCAUUGUGAGAAGACAUACACACGGAGAUCUGAUGUGAAAAGGCACUUAUCCACACACACAGGAGAGCGACCAUAUCAGUGCGACCAGUGCAGCAAACGCUUCUCACUGCGUUUUAUGCUCAUUAAACAUCUCAGAGUUCACACAGGAGAGCGGCCUUUUCAGUGCUCACACUGCUCCAAGAGGUUCACGCUGGCUUCAGUGAGAGCUAGACACGAGAGGAUGCACACAGGGGAGAAACCGUUCCUCUGCUCUCAGUGUGGGAAGGGCUUUUUGUCACAGGGGGAGCUUUCGAAACAUCACAGGUCACACGUAGACGAUCGGCCUUACUCCUGCGAUCAAUGUGACAAACGCUUCAAGAGCAAGAAAACCCAACAGGAGCACAUCCUUUCCCACUCAGGCGCUCGCCCAUACCCCUGCACCUACUGUGGGAAGGGCUUCACCAAACCAUACGCGCUCACCAGGCACAACUUGAUCCACACCGGAGAGAGACCGUUCCCCUGCAGUCACUGCGAGAAGUCUUUUCUCACGCUCAGUGAAGCGCAGCUGCAUCAGCGGAUUCACACAGGGGAGAGGCCAUAUCCCUGCAGCAUCUGCGAGCUCAAGUUCAAGAGCUCAUCGGAGCUGGCAAGACACAAGCGCAGCCACUCUGGGCUGAGGCUUCAGAAGCCGUACUGUGAACAGUGCAUGAAAACAUUUGCAUCCAAAGCCAAGCUGAAGAAACACAUGGAGACACACACACAGGAGGAGGGAGCUGAACAAUCUGUGGACACAAUAAAGGAAUCAGGCAAAUAAAUCCAAAAUAAUCAUGAGGAAAGAUAGUGAAAAGUUUAGUUUGCUGCUCCUUGUCUUUCUUUAACUGUGAAGUAAUGAUGGUGACUGUUGAUACUGCUGCAUUUUCUAAACUAUGUCUCUCUUAGUUUUUUUUGUUUUUCAACCCAUUCUCACACUUUAAGCUUGAACACUUUUUUGUAAUUUUCUUCCAAGUUUAAGAAAACGACAAUAAUGUUUACCUUACUCUAAAAAACAUUUAUUUAAAAUGAUCACUGUCAGACCAAAAUCAUUCCAUUAAAGCUUUCUUUCACAGCACA